AAAACACCAUAAAAGGGCAAGAUGAAGAAGAAGUUCAGUUCACUGUGUUGUUAUAAAUAUUUUAGGAUUUUAUGGCGAGCCAGAUCGAAGUAGUGGAUACCCAUUGUUAAUUAGCAUAUGAACGGUGGGUUUCGUAACACUGACAAAUUUAAUCGCGGACUGUUUGACAAUCUGGUGCGCAAACACACCAGCCGGUCAGCAGUCCGUGCUCUGCCACAGGUCUUUCGGUCAUUCACCCGAGAACCUACUGUAGAUUGCAAUAGGGUUCUUGCCUGCAGAGCCUACUCACAGCCGCAAAGAUGGACAUCGGUGAAGUCAACUCGCUCUCCUGUGAGGAAUUUGUAGAGAUUUUUGGCAACGUGGUGGAGAAAUGUCCCCUUGUUGCGGCCGCAGUGUGGUCGCGGAGACCGUUCAAUUCCGUCAGCGACAUCGAGGCCGCGAUCGCCGACUUCAUCGACAGCAUGCCCAACUCAGGAAAAGAAGGGAUCCUGAGGUGUCACCCAGACUUGGCGGGGCGGGACCUCCAGCGAGGGACGCUGACGCGCGAGUCGCAGGCGGAGCAGAGCCAGGUCGGCCUGACACAGCUGGACCCGGCCGAGGCGGCGCACAUCAACGCGCUCAACGCGCAGUACAAGCUGCGCUUCGGCUUCCCCUUCGUCAUCUGCGCCCGCGCCAACGACAGACCCGCCAUUCUGCGGCAGCUCAGCCAGCGCCUCGGCAACCAGCCCGCCCGCGAGCUCCCGCUCGCCGUCGAGGAGGUGAAGAAGAUCUGUCACCUGCGCCUGCAGAACCUGCUGUGCCCCGUCUUGCCUGGGCCUGCCCAGCUCGGUUCCACCCCUCCCAAACUGUAACGCAGCUGUCUGACCCGUCUCUGCCUGAGGCAGCAUCUGCGGCGAGGCCUUCUGAUCUUGGGGAAACUCUUGGGUCGGUUUGUCUAAAGUCGACUGUUACAUCAGAAGUGGUCGGAAGUUUUACGUAACGUCGUUGUGAUCAUCACCGCCGUCAGGAGUCUCAUUCCUGCCUUAUUAUUUAGGAGUCCACCCAAUCUGAAUACACUGUGUCUUUAAUUUACUUGAAUAUCUUCAAUUACAAAUACGAAUUUUAAAAAAACAUAAUGGUAGUGUAUUUGUUGCCCUUUUGUCAGCAUCAGUGUUAGUGUAAAUUCCUCCCUGAUGCACACAGUACAUAAAGAAACCUGAAUACUUUAGGCCCAGCCUGUAAGAAGCUGUGACCUUUAGUUACCAUUAGUGACUUUAAACUUCAUCUGAUCUAUUCUCAUAUAUCAGCUGAAAAGCCUGAUCCUCUGAAGCAAGACCAUUUUAAGCAAAAGCAGUCAGCCUGCAUCCUUUUUCCAGCUUCUCAACAGGACCACAAGGACAGCAUGAGAUCUCAUUGCAAGAUUUUUUAUUAAGAGCGCAGACUAGGAGUGCUGUUGAUUUACUGAUUGAUUGAUUGAUAAAUAUGUUUGAUCACAACAUCAUGAACAACGGCACACACGGAGUAAGUAUUUUAAUUAAAUAUGUGUAUGUUGAAAUUUAAAAAGAAAGGUCGCACACUCUUCCCUCCGAUGCAGUUUUUAAAAAAUUACCAAUGCUUUGGCAGCAGCCCGUCUUCAUCAGGGGUUUAGCGCAACAAAUAUCUCACACAUGCAUACAGAUUACUGCCAUUGAAUUCACCUGUGAGACAAGAUCAUGUGAUCUACUCGCAAAAUGUUACUAUGGACAGAAUUUAUUUGAGUGAAUUGACACCAAAUGUUGAAUGGGUAAUCAAAUGUCAUGAAUUUAUCCUGCCAAGUGUCUGAAUUGAUCUGAAGAAAGGAUUGAUGCCAGCCCAGAGGUGAAUGGUAAUUAAAUUAUCGAUCUUAAAAGAGAGUCAGCUCAUUUUUUAAAUGCACCAGCCACGGAGGCCAACUGCGAAGACUUCAACAAAAUUGGACGUUUGAGGCCCCUCUGCUCAUUGGGGCCCGUUUCAUUUGAAGCUCUUGUACCUGCCACGCCAUGCUUUUGCUUCAUUCACAAUUCAAAUCCAUUCCAGAGGUUGGGAAAAGCUGAAGUUGAAAUGCAGUCUCCACAGUGGCUGAAUUAAUAUUUAUGGGAGAGUUUGAGGAAGAAUAAACGCUAUUAGACAUACCGUAUAAAAAAUAAGAGUACAAAGAGUAAUAAGGCUGAAUAUUGUAAUAUGCGUGCUAAGGUUAAAAAAAGAGUUAAAGAUAGCUAAGAGGCUCUUUGAAAGGCAAGUUGCCCGAGAUGCAGAAAGUAAUCCUAAACAGAUCUUUCAAUAUUGCAGCAAGGAGUGGAAAAAUAAGGAGUAAGUGCAGUGCAAAUAAAGAAGAAGCUUUACUUUUUAAGAAUAAGGAUAUUACUGAUGCCUUAAAUAGUUAGUUUAUUGAGAGUUUUACCAAAGAGGAGGUUAUUGAUGGGCUGGAACAAUAGGCCUGAGAAUAUCUUCUCAGAUACUGAGAUAGGGGAUAGAGAAGUACCAAAUAAAGUGCACAAACCAAAGACAAGUAGAACCUUUGGCCCUGAUGGCAUAUACCCAAGGGUACUCAAAAUUUUGAAUAUUACCUAUGGAAUUGCACAGGAUGGCAUUCUUUGGCCACUUCUCUUCUCAUUGUACAUGCUUCCACUUGGUAAUAGCAUCUGUCAACAUUGCGCUCAUUUUCAUUUCUAUGCAGAUGACAUGUAACUGCAUAUACUGUAUUUGUGGACCCAAAUGACCCCAAUGCUCUCAGUGCAUCGACUACCUGCUUGCCUGCCAACAAUGAGAGGAUGGCAAAUCAUUUCCUGAAAUUUAAUGAGAAUAAGCCUGAAAUACUUUCAGUUGGCCCCAAAUCAAAAAGAGAUUGAAAAUUCUGGCUCCACCCAGUGAGAAGGGAAAUUCAAAAUAAUAUCUCUUCCUUAUCCCAUUUACUUCUCCGUGACAGAAAUGAGCUCCAUUCAACACCAGCGGUGUUGACUAUUUUCUCAUACUUCUCAAAUUCUGCUGCAGAGAAAUGACCCUUCACCUCUCACACAGAGAUAACAAUGUAAGCUCUUACAACGUUCUCCAUUUACUCUCAUUUCAGAGCUUUCUAUUUGCCUGAAAUGAAUGAGAUAACCACAAGAUCCAAGAAAAUAACCCCUGAGAAAUAAUGAGAACUGCGUUUUUCUUAUGGUUCUUCUUUGUUCACUGUUCACUGUUUGAAGCAGCUGAUUUUUCCUCUGAGUAUGGACAAAAUCAGUAGUUAGAAAUCUGGAAGCCAUUUUAGAUUCGGACCAAAGUUUUAAACCUCACAUGAGCACACUGACCAAUACUGCUUUCUUUUAGUUUAAGAAGUAUUGCUAAACUUAUUCAGAAUGCUGCAGCCAUAAUUGUACUUUUUAAUAUUUUUUAUAUUAUUUCUAUCCUGUCUGUAUUACUUUGGCUCACUGUGUCUGUUAGAACUAAUUUUAAAGUUGUUUUUCUAUAAAGAACUAAUGGGCUUCACACCUACUUACACACUAUUAAAAUCAACAGCCUUUUUUAGUCAUUGCGGCAUUUGGUCCGCCGGAGAGGCGGAUUGGUAUCGGCUGCGCCGGCUGGUGGAGAGAGCACACACACCUGGGUUGCAUUAGUUAAUCAGCCCAGGUGCUUAAAGGUGUGCUGCUCUCCACAGUUUGGGGGCGAGACCGGGAGCUAACACCAAGAGCAAGUUUCUUUAUUUGAGUUGCGUUUAAUUUCAGUUUUGUUUCUUUUAAUAAGGCGGGGAGCAGUGAACCCCCACUGAAGACCAGUGGAGCUGGUCUGCUGGAUAGCAGUCCAGCUACAGAGCAGGGAACUGAAAUAGUUAUAUUUUUUUAUUUUAUUUUUCUUUUUUCUUUUAGUUUAUCAUUUUAUUUUCUUUUGUCUUUGUUAUUUUAGCUCUUGUUGUUUUAGUUUAUUGUUUUUGCCCGGAACCUGUGAGGGUCAAGGGUGAAGGUGUCCGUUCAUUUUAUUUCAUGUUUGUGUGGAUGCGCUCUCUCUCUCUCUCUCUCUCUCCAUGUGACACGCAACGGUGUUCCCCGUCACUGCCGCAUCUCCCUCCCAGGAGUUUCACACUGGCAUGUGAUAGUCAUGUUCACUUGUUUAUUCUCCUCACCUUAAUGUAUCAUGAUCAUUCUUGAAAUUACCGGUCGCUGCCAGGAUCCGAUUCAAAGCCCUGACCCUUGCCUACACUGCCGCCAACAGGACAGCCCCCAUCUACUUGCAGGACAUGACUCAAUUCUAUGUGCCUGCUCGACCACUCCGCUCUGCAGCAGCAGGGCGUCUUGUAACCCCUCCCACCCGCCCAAAGGGAUCACAGAGCUUCUCCACCCUAGCUCCCCAGUGGUGGAACGAACUCCCCGUCCCUCUCCGAACCUCCCCCUCACUAUCCAUCUUCCGCCGUGGCCUGAAGACUCAUCUCUUCAGACUAUACCUAGAAUAACCACCACCAUGCUGUGUAUAUAUAU